AUGAAAGCAGUGAUGGAGUAUGAAGGCUGGGGAUAUGCUAUACUCAUGCAGAAUCAUGACGUCAUGAUCAAGACAGUGUACGAAACAGUUUCUAUACUAGACAUGUUCGCAGGAGCUAACGACGUGCACACGAGGCCAUGCGAACGUAGCCGCUGCGAAUAA